CAAAGUGAUAUGAACUCCUUCCUGUGGACCAUCAAGAGAGACCCCCCGUCUUACUCCUUUGGCACCAGCCAUGUCCCAUACACACGUGUCUGGGAUUCCAUCCCAGAGAACUCCAGGAAGGCCUUUCAGCAGAGCAAUGCUGUGUACUUAGAGCUAGACCUCACUGAUCCCUAAAGCAUCUCAGCACUCACUAACUGCCAGCUCCUGCCAGGGGAGAACCUCCAGGAUAUGUUGCCCCGUGGCAUCUACUGCCGGCUCAAGCGGCAUCUGGAGUAUGUCAGGCUCAUGAUGCCAUCCUGGAUGACCCCAGACCAGCGGGGCAGAGGGCUGUAUGCAGACUACCUCUUCAAUGCUAUAGCUGGCAACUGGGAGUGGAAGAGGCCAGUAUGGAUGAUGCUGAUGGUGAACUCGCUGACAGAGGUGGACAUCAAGUCACGAGGCGUGCCUGUUUUGGAUCUAUACCUGGCCCAGGAAGCGGAGCGGCUGAGGAAGCAGACGGGUGCUGUGGAGAAAGUGGAGGAGCAGUGCCACGUGCUCAAUGGGCUGAACUUCUCUCAG